GUUCAUGUAAUUCCCAUCAACCACCACCACCACCACCACCUACUUCCACACCAGCAACAACAACAUGGACGCUCAGUUCGUGUCGCUGCUGCAGGCGCUGCUGGAGCCCGAUACCGCCAAGGUCAAGAGUGCCACCUCCCAGCUCAACCAGAACUUCUACAAGCAGCCCGAAUCCGUCGUCGCCCUGCUCAACAUCGUGAUCAAUCACCCGCAGCCCGAGCUCCGCCAGCUGGCAUCGGUCGAGGUGCGCAAGCUGGUGGGCAAGCACUGGAAUGCCAUCAACGAGGCCCAGAAACCUCAGCUCCGCACCCAGCUGCUCCAGAGCACCACCGACGAACAACAGCAGCUCGCGCGUCAUAGCAAAGCCCGUGUCAUUGCCGCUAUUGCCAAAGUUGACCUGGAAGAUGGCCAGUGGGCCGAUCUUCCCGCAAUUCUGCAGCAGGCUGCCACCAGCAGCACCGCUCGUCACCGCGAGGUGGGCGUGUACAUCAUCUACACCCUCCUCGAAACCAUGCCCGAUGUAUUCCAGGAAAACCUGGCCCAGAUGCUCACCUUGUUUAACCGCACCAUUCAAGAUCCCGAAUCGGUCGAUGUACGCGUCAACACCAUGCUGGCUCUGUCAGAGCUGGCAAUGGUGCUUGAUACGGAGGAGGAUACCGCUAGUCUGAAGAGCUUUCAAGCCACCGUCCCGCACAUGGUCAAGGUCCUACAGAGCACCAUUCAGGAGGAGGAUGAAGAACAUACCAUGCAGGCUUUCGAUGUCUUCAACAAGCUCCUGAGCUACGAGAGUGCCUUCCUCAACGCUCACUUUGGAGAACUGCUGCAGUUUUUCAUGCAGGUGUCAGCCAAGUCCGAAAUCGAUGACGAGGUCCGUUCUCAGGCCAUUUCUUUCUUGAUGCAGGCUGUUCGAUACCGCAAGCUCAAGGUUCAGAGUCUGAAGGUUGGUGAGCACAUGACCAAGAUGUGCUUGCAGAUUGCUACAGAGCUGGACGAACAGCCGGAUGAAGACGAUGAAAUCUCGCCUGCACGAUCAGCUCUCGGCCUCUUGGACAUCCUGAGUGAGAGCUUGCCGCCAAGUCAGGUUGCCGUGCCUCUUUUGAAGGCGAUUGGCCCCUUUGUGCAGGAUAGCCGUCCAGAGUACAGACGAGCUGGCAUUCUCGCGCUGGGCAUGUGUGUGGAGGGUGCACCCGACUUUAUCGCCACGCAAUUGAAGGAGAUUCUUCCCCUUGUGCUGCAUCUGCUGGAGGACCCUGCCACGACGGUCCGUAGCGCUGCGCUGAACGGUGUCUCACGGCUAGCCGACGACCUGGCAGAAGACAUGGGCAAAGAGCACGCCAAGCUGAUUCCCGCGCUCAUUCGCAACUUCGACAUGGCUUUGCAAGGCAUGCGAAACUCACCGAAAGACAGCGAGGAGCACGAUCUGAAUACGCACAUUGUCAAAGCCAGUGCCAUGGCUGUCGACUCCCUGAUCGAAGGAUUGGAGGCCGAAGAUGCCGCCAAGUAUGUCAACGAGCUCAUGCCGAGGUUUGCUAUGCUUCUGGAGCAUGACGAUCACAAGGUGCAAAUGGCUGCCGUCAGCGCUAUUGGUAGCAUUGCUAGCGCAUCAGAAGGCGCAUUUCAACCUUACUUCGAACAGACCAUGCAGACCCUUGGCAAAUACAUCGAGAUCAAGGCCAGUGAAGAAGAGCUUGAGCUGCGAAGCAUGGUCAUUGAUUCGCUGGGAAAGAUCGCCAGCGCCGUGGGCCCAGAAGCCUUCCAGCAGUUCGUGAGGCCGCUCAUGCACGCCAGCGAAGAAGGCUUGCAUUUGGACAAUCAGAGACUCAAAGAGACCAGUUUCAUCCUGUGGAGCACGCUGGCACGAGUGUAUGAAGAAAACUUUGAACCUUUCCUCGACGGAGUCGUCAACUCUUUGUUUGCCUGUCUGGAUCAGGAAGAGACCGACGCAGAAAUCCAAUUGGGUGCCGAGGCUUCGGAUCUCAUUGGACAAGAAAUCACCAUUGCUGGCAAGAAGAUCAAGGUUGCCGGUGCCAAUGGCCACAAUGAGGGCGACAUCGAUGACAUCGAUGAGGAUGAACUGAUCAAGGCAAUGGAGGAGGCUGAAGACGACGACGACGAUGACUGGGACGAUUUGGGCGCAGUCACUGCUGUUGCCAUGGAGAAGGAGAUUGCUGUCGAAGUGCUCGGCGACGUUCUCACCCACUCCAAGGGCAAGUUCCUCCCAUACAUGCAGAAGACCAUCGAAACGACGCUUCCGCUUCUGGAACAUACCUUCGAGGGUGUUCGUAAGAGCGCCAUCAGCACACUUUGGCGUGCAUUCGCCUGCCUUUGGGGCUUAGCAGAGGAUGGCGGGAUGCAGAAAUGGCAACCAGGAGUACCAUUGAAGGUGAAGCCAACUGCGGAUCUUGAGAAGCUCGGCGACCUCGUCAUGCGAGGGACGUUGUCUGUGUGGGAAGAAGAGCUUGACCGUGCCACUGUGACUGAGAUCAAUCGCAACCUCGCCGCAACACUCAAGCUCUGCGGUCCUGCAGUCCUCGCUCCCCCGACCAACCCGAGUCAAUCGACACCACUGGAGCAAGUGACCGCUGCUGUGAUGCUGAUCCUGCAACGCAGCCACCCUUGCCAGAAAGACGAAGACGAGAUCGAUGAGCCGGCCGUGCUUGAGGGCGAGAGCGCAGAAUAUGACUGGUUGGUCAUCGAGACUGCCAUGGAAGUCGUGACCGCCCUCGCCACUGCCCUCGGUCCACAAUUCAGCGAGCUUUGGAAGAUAUUUGAAUCGCCCAUUGUCAAGUACUGCUCUUCACAGGAGCGCUUUGAACGCUCCGCCGCUGUCGGCACCAUGGGCGAAUGCAUCGAAGCCAUGGGCGCCGGUUGCACACCAUACACUUCGCGCAUGUUUAAGCUGUUGCUGAAGCGUCUCAGCGAUGAAGAUCCAGAAGCCAAAAGCAAUGCUGCCUAUGGCAUGGGUCUGCUGUGCCUCCACAGCACAGACGCCAAGGAGAUCCUGCCCAACUACAACACGAUCCUGGGGCUAUUGGAACCUUUGCUGCACAAGAACAACGGCGCGAGCGAGUCGGAAGCUCGUCUACUCGACAAUGCUGCGGGAUGCGUGAGUCGCAUGAUCAAAAAGUCACCAGACAGUGUGCCUCUCGACCAGGCUUUGCCACAUCUGGUGGACCUCCUACCAUUGAAAGAAGACUUUCGUGAGAAUGAGCCCGUGUUCGACAUGAUCAUCAGCCUCUACCAGGCUCAGAACCCCGUUAUUCAGAGCCUCACCAGCAAGCUCCUGCCGAUCUUUGAGCAGGUCCAGCAACCACCCGAGGACCAGAUCAGUGAAGACAUUAGGAACAAGCUGACGGAACUGACGCAGUACAUUCGAAGUCAGUAAGUCAGCUACUAUUGUGCAAGGCUUACAAAGCAGUAUGGAUAGAAAUCGCAUAGCGUGGCAAGUAGGAGAUACCCAAAAUAAAGAGUUUGCUUGGGUUGGAGUCAACCUAGGAAAGCGAGUAUUGAAGAAAAGGCAUAUGAUUUCACAAUGUGCAGCAGUGUUAUUGUUGUUGUUUGUUGUUCCUGUAAACUGAAAGUGGAUCAUCAUUCCCCUGCCUCUUUUCCACACCUUCACACAGGGGCUGGACUCAUGUCGUCUACCUUGGCGGUACAGUUUCUGUCAGUAACCUUGUGCUGCUUCGCCCACCCAAAGGCCGUUUGCCAUUGACAUUGAGUAUGCCGGUGUCCUGCCGCUGACCAUCCGUCCCAUGAAGCGAGACGUCCACCUUGCGACGUUUCGUGAGGGCUGUCUGUUCUCCAUACUGAUGGUAUUCCUCGUUAUCAUCUUCCGCUUCGCCAUCCGCGUCAGCAUCAUGAUUGGGUGUGUCGUCGUCGUCAUUUGCACCGACCACCACUCCCGGGUUGGGCGGCGUCUCGUAGGAUAUCGACGAGACCUCUCGGUGAGUGUCGGGCAGCGCUGUCGUUGUUGCACGUGGCAGCCGCCCACCAAUAUUCCAUACACUACCAUUCAGCAACAUGUCAUCGCGCAGGUUAUUCCUGGUGGACUCGGUAUACACUCCUUGCUGCGGCGGGAUAGCAGCUUGCCACAAUCGCGAUGGCCUCGUGGAUGCGCGAAUCGUCGAUCGCCACUUGGCUAUUAAAUCUUCCGCGUUGUAGUUGGCUGCCGCUGCGCCUGAAGUCGAAUCCGAGCUCUUUACUUCCUUCAUGACUGCGGGUGAGAUGGGUAUGGUGUUCGGAGGAUGCGUCAAGAAUUCCAAGGGCAACUGACAGCGUGAUAAGCGGUCGUAUUCAGCCUCCAAGUGGCGAUUGUGCUGCUCCAAGCGAUCGAGGUCCGAUCGUAGCUGGCUGUUUCGUUCCUGGGAGCGCGUGAAUGACCGCAAACACUCCAAUUGCCAGGCGACUACACGUUCCUGCUCCGCCAUGGAGUUCCAGUGCUCCCAGGCACCUGAUAAGUGGGCAUGAUGCUUGAAGGCCACAGCGUCUGGGACAGGGUCACGUUGCUGACGCCGCUCAUUCAGUAACCUGGCCAUGGUCGUGAACUGUCCGAGUCCGGGAGGGUCGAGAGUCCACGAAUCCGCAGAGGGAAAAGGGUUCGCACUGAACAAAGUGCUGGGAGGGGGCAGAAUGGCAAGACAGAGGCCUGGAAAGGAGAGCGAGAAGAAGUCGAAAUCAUCAAAGAGGAGUUUUGGCUCCAUUUUCUUCGCAGCAGCCGCCAGGCUGCCCAGUACCUCACGCAAAGCCAUCUCUGCAGCACGACCCAUCUCUGCCGACUCCUGCAGUUUCCACAUGCUUUCGCUGCUCUCGUGAUCGGGCCGUUGGGAUCUCGUGCCUGCACUGUCCCGGAGCAUAUCCUGUAUGCGCUGUGCUUGGGCCCCUGCUGCUGCUGCUGCCGCCGCCUUGGGAGAUGGACACCGCGAGGAAGCUCGCGGCGGCAGGUUGUUGAUCACUCCAGUGGCCUGCCAAUGGGCCUUGUUCGGGAAAAAGGCCGUCCCAGGUCCAUCUUUGGCGUGUCCGGGGAAGUUGAUGGGCGCAUCCUGCUCUGCGUGCGCCAGCGAACGCAUAGGAGAGUCGUCGUCGGCGCGUUGCGCACUCUGCACUCCACCAGCGCUUCCCUGGCGCGAAUGGCUCUGUUCCCGGCCAUUGCUGGCGCCUCUUAUGCGACUGCCACUGCCACUGCCGCUGCCACCACCUCCCGCCCGACCACCGGUUCUUGGCUGGCGGCGCGUAAUGCCACCGCGCAGUUUUCUGAUCUCGUCGACAUCGUGCACGCCAUCAGCGGGCUUGGGAUUCUUGGGGCGAAUGUACAGGUCGAGGUGUCGGCCGAGGCUGGACGAGGUGAAGGCCUGUCCGCAGAAGGGACAGGAACGAUCCUUGGUAGCAAGGGCGCUCUUGGAGUUGCUGUUCUGCGCCGUGUUCGCAUUCGAGUUGGGCGUCGAUGGCGAAUUUCCGUGGUUGGCAGUCUGAUCGUCGUUC